AACUUUCACAUUUUCUUUGCAAUCCAACAUGCUUUGCCUUCGCUGAUUUGAGAACACGUCGCCACCGAGGUUACAUGAAAAAGAUCUUUCUUGUCAAAAGCGUCAAAGUGGGUAAAGUGGGGCAGGGGGGCACCAUGGACGGAGAAGAGACCCGGAUAAAAAGAAAGUGACUCAAGCCAGAGUGUGUGUUAUUCACGCGUGUGUUUGUUGCAAGCGCUGGCAUUCGUCUGUGCUGCCCAAGUUUGCCAAGGGUCAAUAUUUUACAAAACCAGGGGACAUGUCGUGGAAUUAGAAAAGAAAAAAAAGGAAAAGAAACUGGAAAAGAAGAUGAGAGGGGAAUGCUCCAUCAAACAAAGGUGAGAGACAAACGCGCAGCGAGACGGCGAUGAUGCGUUUGUAGCACAGAGAUGAAGAUGACGGGAGAGAGCGAGCGAGAGAGAGAGAGAGAGAGAGAGAGAGAGAGAGAGGGAGACAGGGGGGGGGGGAGCAUCACUGCGCGAGCAUGUGACGAUCAAGAGCAACGCAACGCGGAGGAGAGAGAGCGAAAGAGAGCGGCCGCCGAGACGCGCGGACGACUCGAGGAUUAUUCGAGAUGGGAGCAAAAAGACCAGGACGCAAUCAUAAGGACGAGAAAAGACGAGGAAAACAUCAAAUGCAAAGUCUUUGCCAACUCAUCAUCUGCAGGCCAUUGGUCAGAAACUGGGACAAGCCUCGAUAAUGGCGAGUUGCUAAACUACUGAGGGAACGGACAUCGAAGCGUUUGUUGAGUGCCGAGCUGUCGCAUUCCGGCACCCUACCGCUGCCCUGACUCGCUUCCGAUCGGACGGAAUCGGGCUGACUUCGACCCAUGCCCCCGCCCGCCCCGUCUCCCUUCAGCUCCUCGGGGGGCUGAGGCGACCCGCCGAAGAGCAUGGGCAGGAGGGUGGCCGACCCCACCAAUCCCGUGCCCGCGCUUGGGGUCCCUCUGACGUUGGGACGAUGGGGCCCGCCGUGCAGCGUCGCCGUGCAGACGUCUCCCGGACCGCGGACUCUCCCUUCCGUCGAACGACACGUCGGCCGAGCGGCCGACCCGCGGCGAGCCCUCGCCGUGGCGACAAGCGCAGCAGACACAGCGGAAGUCACCAGGAGUGACGGCGACGGUCUGCCGCUGUCCAAGGAGACGUCGCAGAACGAAAUCAACAACCUGACGCAGGACGACAUCGGGUCACAAGGGUCGGGCAGCGAUCUGGUUUACUGCCAGAUAAAAAUGAUACGGACGAAUCCGACAGACUCUAAAGGGAAAAGGAUAUCGAAGUACGCCAAUGGCAGCGUGGUGGGGUCUGAUAUGUUGGGAGGCGUCUGCACUGAGGCCCCAGAAGUCGAGGAAGAGAGCCAAGACAAAAGAAGGCUGCAAUCUCUUCGUGAGGAGCGACAACGUUCUUUGUUCAAGACGGGGGGCGUUCGCACAACCGUUCACGCCGCUCCGCCUCGGCCCUGUCGGACGGCGACCGCCUCCUCGCCGCAGCUGUGCGGAACGUGUGGGAGAAAGCGGUCGCCGCUCACCCAGUGCACAGGCGCUUGUCGCAGAAGGGCCGCACCUCAAAUAUCGUCCAACCCUGCACGGAAGCAGAGCGCGCUCCAGAACCACGCGAGAAAGGAGUCGGCUUUGGACGCCAGGAACCGAGACGCGUCGGUGAAAAGCAGUCAAAUCCCGCAGUUGUCACACACGAUACCGAAAGCGCACAGUUCACACUCCAGCCGCGCGGCACCCGCUCAGAAUCAAACAAAGAAUCAGCAGGCGAGGCCGCAUUCUGCAGAGUUUACACACUGCAAGGACACGGCCACACAGACAGCUGACACACACACUCGCAGGACGGCAGCGCUAACGGACUCACCCACGACGACAGAACCAUCGUUAGCAGACAAACACAGGCGGUGUAAAAGCCAGCGUCCAAGUUUAAACUCCACAGCUCCAGAACCUUCUCCUCGUGCAGAUAUCAAAUGUAGCAGCCCUCCAGCUCUCCCUGCAAAAAACUCCCCCAAAUCUGCCGUCCCCAAACCAUCCGGUCUCGUAGACCCCGACAAAAACACACAGCCCGAACCAAACUCCUCCAAAGAGACAAAAGUGAAGAACUCUACCAAACAGAAGAGCAAAUCUUUCGAUGACCACACUCAGUCUUGUAAGACUCAUAAAGCGGCGCAAUGUAACGGCGCUCCAGCGGGACUCCCGGCUGGGAGCGCACCUCGCGGCCUGGAAAGCAAAUUGCAGUGUGUGGAGGACAGCCUCGUGUCCAAUCAGGAGAAGAUCAAGGUGCUCCUCAACGUCAUCCUCGACCUGGAGAAGAGCAAGGCCUUCAGCGAAGGCCGCAGCUCCUACAGGACGGGUCAGGACAUCAACAACUGUCCCACCUGCCAGAAGACAGCUUGCAUCAUCUACAGUGUGGAGCAUGACUUCCGCCAGCAGGAGGGCCGCUUCCGGGGGGUGAUGGAGUCCCUGGAGGGAGAGUACGACGUGCCCGCGCCGCCGCUCGCCAAAGCCGCGCUGGCCGCUUCCCAGGCCGACCGGCCCGGCGCCAAGGCCCGCGUCAAGAAGCUCCGCAAAAAGUGUUUCUGGUGGCUCUGAUAUCGAGGGACGCUCGGCCCGCUUGAGUCCGGAGAGUUCCGCCGCACGGGAAUUUUACGCUGGCGUUUUGGCUUUGGAAAAGAAGUGGCAAUGGAUUCAUGCACGUGGAUGGGAAUGAAUCACAAAGCGACCGUUUCGGCUUCAUCCACCACCGAUAUAACAUCGAAAAUCCCAGCAAUUGAACAGCUUAAUGUUGGGACAUGUUUCUGAAUAACGCAACAAGAGAGAGCAAACAAUAUGGCUGACAGGCUGCCUCGCACGAUUAACAUUUGUGUCACCGCUGACUGAUUGAUUCCCACCUCAGGCUCAAGCUCUCUACAGUCCAUUCAUUCGGGACUCAUACACGUGCGGACCGUCAAAGUACAGGAUCCGCACUGUUAAGUGUCCAUUGCUUGUAUUCUUGGUUGCUUGAGACCAUUCUGAGCCCAAAGUAGCAAAAUAAGGAGAGAGAAAAAAAAAACAGUUUGUUACAAACUAAUGCACACUAAAUGGGGCCAGCUUUUGUGAAACUUUCAAACAAUAAUAAUGCCCAUUUACGACAUGCUUGAAGAUCAUUGUUGAGAGUUCUCAAAUGUGGAUGAACUGUAUUUUCCCAUUACAGUUUUUAUGUUUGCGUUUGAGAUCGUCGGAUGUCUCACAAUUCUGAAGCCUCAUUUGUUGUCUUUUAACCAUGAAAAUUUGGCAGGGUUGUUAACACGCAAACAUUGAUCUUCAUUUUACUUUUACAGAACAGUAUUUUUCUUUUCAUAUACUUCCCCACCACUGCAUCAGACUGCGAGCUGCGUCGAAUUGACUUUUCACGUAGCUAAAUAACGUUACCCCGACAGCACUUCUUUCUAUACCUCUGAAAAGUAAGCGGACUUGAUUUUGAGUUUUGUAUUGUUUUGCCAAUGGUUUUUUUUCUUUUUUCUUCUUUUUUCGGGG